AUGAAGAUGCCCACAGCCCUGGCCGUCAUGCUGGCUGUGGCCAGCACCGGAAUCUUCUUCGCUUUCAUCUUGACAGCCAAAGAACUCCUUUGGGGAAAGACUGGGAAGUCCCAUGUCACCAGCAUCGUGGAAGCCAGCAGGCUCAUGGUGGACAAUGCCUUCUACAGCACCAUGAAGAGAAACCUCAAGAGAAGGGAAGUCGCCUCCCCAGCUGAGCUUCUGUCUUUCUCCAAACUCCCCGAGCCAACCAGCAGGGCCAUGUCCCGAGCUGCGGAGAUCCUGGAAACCUCAAUACAGACAAUGAAAAACAAACAGUCCCGGCACCCCACAGAUGUCCUAUCAGAAGAGCUCCUGAACCUGAUUGCCAACUUGUCUGGAUGCCUACCUCACAUGCUGCCACCAAAGUGUCCCGACACUUGCCUGGCGAACAAGUACAGACACAUCACUGGGGCAUGCAACAACAGGGACCAUCCUAGGUGGGGAGCCUCCAAUACAGCCCUGGCCAGAUGGCUCCCUCCAGUCUACGAAGAUGGCUUCAGUCAGCCCAGAGGCUGGAACCCCACCUUCUUGUACAAUGGGUUUCCACUGCCCCCGGUGCGGGAGGUGACAAGGCACAUUAUUCAAGUUUCUAACGAGGCGGUGACAGAAGACGACCAGUAUUCUGACUUCCUGACAGCGUGGGGACAGUACAUCGAUCACGACAUUGCUCUCACACCACAGAGCGCCAGCACCACCGCCUUCUCGGGGGGAGCCGACUGCCUGCUGACGUGUGAGAACCAAAACCCAUGCUUCCCCAUACAGCUCCCCGCGAACUCGUGGCCGACGGCGGGCGCCGCGUGCCUGCCCUUCUACCGCUCGUCCGCCGCCUGCGGCACCGGGGACCAGGGCGCGCUCCUCGGGAACCUGUCGGCCGCCAACUCCCGGCAGCAGAUGAACAGCCUGACCUCCUUCCUGGACGCGUCCACCGUGUACGGCAGCUCCGCGGCCGCCGAGAAGCUGCUGCGCAACUGGACCAGCGCGGCGGGGCAGCUGCGGGUCAACGCGCGCCAUCGCGACGCCGGCCGCGCCCUCCUGCCCUUCGGGCCGCCGCGCGCGCCCGCCGCCUGCGCGCCCCCGCCCGCCCCCAGCGCGCCCCCGCCCGGAGCCCCGCGCGCGCCCUGCUUCCUGGCCGGCGACGGCCGCGCCAGCGAGGUCCCCGCCCUGGCGGCCGUGCACACGCUGUGGCUGCGCGAGCACAACCGCCUGGCCGCCGCGCUCAAGGCCCUCAACGCGCACUGGAGCGCGGACAACGUCUACCAGGAGGCGCGCAAGCUGGUGGGCGCCCUGCACCAGAUCAUCACCAUGAGGGACUAUGUUCCCAGGAUCCUGGGCCCCGAGGCCUUCGGACAGUAUGUGGGGCCCUAUGAGGGUUAUGACAGCACAGUGAAUCCUACGGUGUCCAACGUCUUCUCUACGGCCGCCUUCCGCUUCGGCCAUGCCACGGUCCACCCGCUGGUGAGGCGGCUGGACGCAGACUUCCAGGACCAUGCUGGGCUCCCCAGGCUGCAGCUGCAUGAUGGCUUCUUCAGCCCCUGGAGGCUCAUCCAGGAAGGUGGUGUGGACCCAGUGGUCAGAGGCCUCCUAGCCAGGCCAGCCAAGCUGCAGGUGCAGGAGCAGUUGAUGAACGAGGACCUGACCGAGCGGCUCUUCGUGCUGUCCAACUCGGGCACCUUGGACCUGGCAUCACUGAACCUGCAGCGGGGCCGGGACCAUGGCCUACCAGGCUACAAUGAAUGGAGAGAGUUCUGUGGCCUGCCACGGCUGGACACCCCAGCUGACCUGAGCAGGGCCAUCGCCAACAGGAGCGUGGUCAACAAGAUAAUGGACUUGUACAAGCAUCCAGACAAUAUCGACGUGUGGCUGGGCGGCUUGGUUGAAAACCUCCUGCCAAGGGCCCGGACAGGUCCUCUGUUCGCAUGCCUCAUUGGGAAGCAGAUGAAGGCCCUGAGGGAUGGGGACAGGUUUUGGUGGGAAAACAGCCUGGUCUUCACAGAAGCACAGAGGCGGGAGCUGAAAAAGCACUCACUGUCUCGAGUCAUCUGUGACAACACCGGCCUCACCAGGGUCCCUGUGGAUGCCUUCCACACUGCAGAAUUCCCCCAGGACUUUGAGUCCUGUGACAACAUCCCAAGCAUGGACCUCGAGGUGUGGCGGGAGACCUUUCAGCAAGAUGACAAGUGUGGCUUCCCGGAGGAAGUGGACAAUGGGGACUUUGUGCACUGUGAUGAGGCUGGGCAGCGCGUGCUGGUAUAUUCCUGUCACCAUGGAUACGAGCUCCAAGGGCAGGAGCAGGUGACCUGCACCCAAGAUGGAUGGGAUUUCCAGCCUCCGGUCUGCAAAGAUGUUAAUGAGUGUGCAGACCCGACCCACCCACCGUGCCACCCCUCCGCUACGUGCAAGAAUACUAAAGGCAGCUUCCAGUGUGUGUGCACCGACCCCUAUGUGCUGGCUGAGGACGGGAGGACCUGUAUUACUCCUGGCAGGCUGCCUCGGGCAUCCUGGGUCUCCAUUGUGCUGGGUGCGAUUCUCGUUGGAGGUUUGGCGAGCCUCACCUGGAUGGUGAUUUGCAGGUGGACACACUCCGAUACCAAAGCCACACUGCCAAUCACUGGGAGAGAUGUAAGUGCGACUGCCCAGUCGGGGUGCAAGAAGUGUCUGGAGCGGAGGCUGACACCGCCCAGGGCAGCAGCUCGGAAAGCAGAGCAGGAACCUGCCUGCGGGUCCCAGGUCCUGCUCUGCGAGUAG